GACCACUUUAUUAUCGCUCUACCGAUACACGACAUAACAAAGUGCAAAUUUAGAAUAUCACAGUAGCUCAGGUGUAAGAAGUCAAUACUGGAUUAAGAUACAGGUAGCUUACUUGGUCAUUUUCUUCCCGGGCGACACCUGUGAUAAAAUCUACAUUCUUUCGUCAGAGAAGAUACAAGUGCAUUAAAACGUACAAGCAGGAUUUGCCAGUGAUAUUGAUUUCGAGGAACUUUGCAGUAUAUACACACUUUUAUAGACAUUUUUACGUAAUAGUUUGGGAUGGCUUAGGACAUGACUCAACGUUCCUGUCAAACAGAGACGCACAGAAGCGCGGCGGACUUGUUGCUUCAUCCUUAAUGCCGUAAGCGUGCUCCGUGAGCAACUUUCAGAUUAGGUUGCGGGACUUCGCUGGUGAUGCGGUCCACGCAAAAUGAAGAGGGCAACAUAGACACGGACGCCAUACUGAGAAUCACCCGAGCUCCCAAGACCCCGCCCACGUACGUCCCCCGCAGCCGGUCCUUAGACGAUCUUCCUGGAGGUCUCCGGGUGCCGAUCCUUCAGAAGCCUCAGUCCCGGGUGGCGGCCCGCCUGGAGGCCUUGCAGGACGGACUUCAGGAACUGACCAUUUUGAGGGAACAACAAAAGACACUCGUUAACCAUCAUGUCAAAGACAGGCGUUUUACAGACAAAGGGCAGAGUCAGGGUUUGUAUAUGCCAAGACGGCGGUACUCCACCAGCGCACUAAGCAGCAUCAGGGAGGAAACGACAUACGAAAAUCUUCCAGUUUACUAUCAAAACAACAACACAACUAAUGGCGGAGACGAAGUCUUCAGCAAUAAUUCCGCUGACAGUUCUGACGAUCUAUCGGUGUCGUCCUCCUUAAAGAGAAGACCGUCCUUUCAAUGUGAUACAAUCAUUACCAAAGAUUUCGUUCAGCAGGUUCCGUAUCACUACCCACGAAAGGACGAUCAGAAUUUCCCUAGUCCUAUGCACGCUAUACUGAGACAGUAUGAUGUCGUUCUGAAGACUGCCAAUUCUGAAUCCAAUUUAACGAAAUCUGCCUCACAAUGUGAACUGACAUCCGCAUUAACACAGCGAUCCGUAGCAGAUUCCGUCAAAAAUGUGUCAAAAACGGAGGGGUUUAAAACGUACCUAAAACAGCGGCGAUCGAGUUUACCUAUAACCUUAAAACCAGUCAAAGUGACAGACAUCGAUCAGUUCUGGCAGAACUAUAGCAAAGGGACCAAUGGAAAUGCAUGUGUCAAAGAUGACGUAAUAUCCACGUCACUGGAUACUACUACGGAGUCGACUCUGUCGUCUGUAGAAGAGGAAGCAGAACCACAGACGCAUCCUAACAAAACGCAAGCCAAAAAUCAAAGUACUGAAAGUCCCAUAAAUAACUGUCCGACAGAGCAGCACGAGACCGCUCUAUAAACUAGGUUUUAUUUUAAAUGGCAAUUGUUCUCUAAAUUUUAAUUUAAAAAGGAGAUAGCUUGAUUAACCAAAACCAAUGAACCAUGUUCUUAACUAAUGUUAUAACUUAUGUUAUUUAUAUAUUUUAAUAAAAUGCAUAUACUAAUCAUUCAAAAUAAAUAAAUGAAAGCAA